AAUCGCAGGGCUGGAUCGUUGCUGCAAAAUUUUAGUAAAUUUUAAGGAAUAAACAAACGCGUGUGUCUUUAUCAAAGUGUAUGGCUUUUUAGUGUUUAAAUCUAUUAAAACUAAAGUGUUCUUGAUGGUUUCGGGUGAUGAUUUCAAUGGUGGCCGAAUACCGCGUAAAACUGCUAGGUCUCCGAACCGAAAAUCUAAGAAGACAGAUGCAGACCUAACGAAGGGUUCCGUGUUGCGAAAUGAUUCGCAACCUUCAGUCCAUAAAAGGAACCUAUACGUCGUUUCAUUCCCUAUCAUAAUUCUAUUUAAUUUAUUAAGAUCCAUUUUAUACCAGUUGUUUAUAGUUUUUAAAUAUUUAUAUUCGGCUUCCCAUCGAUUUAUACAUAGGCCCCGUAAGAACGGGGAAUGUAACUUGGAAGUAGUCGUAAAAGACGGUGUUGUGUCCACGGAAAUCGCGCACAGUGAAGAGAUGUCGUAUUCCAACCACGUCGGACCCGGCGACCCCUUGCUGGCCAAACAGAAGCAUCACCAUCGUAAAGCGUUCGAAUACAUUUCAAAGGCGUUGAAAAUAGACGAAGAAAAUGAAGGCCAGAAGGAAUUAGCGAUAGACCUGUACAAGAAGGGAAUAUUUGAGCUGGAGCGAGGAAUAGCCGUAGACUGCUGGGGUGGCCGUGGCGAUGCUUGGCAAAGAGCUCAGAGGCUACACGAUAAAAUGAAAACAAAUCUGGGCAUGGCAAAAGACCGUUUACAUUUUCUUGCCAACCUUGUCGCCCUGAGUAAGUUGGGGGUAGAAAAUGAGCCCGAAAGGAGUGACAAAAAGCCCUCGGAGUCGCCACUUAAGGCGAGACGGCCAUUAGAGAAGUCCAAGACCACGCUUCUAGCACAUACAGAAAGUAAUAGUGGUCAAACGAAGUCAUCAAAUGAAGUGGCGGGUCGCAAGCUGACUGCGGGGCGGCGGGUGGCGGGCGGCGCGGGGGGUCCGCUGAUGAAGUCGCAGACGUUGCCGCGGUCCAUGGGCCGGUCGGCGUCGCAGCCGAACAGCUCCAGUAGCUACAGCCGAUAUCCCGUCAAGCCCGCCUCCACCCCGCCCGCUGUCAAGAGACAGCUGUCGAACGCGUAUCAGGUACCGGUGAACGGUUCGCCGGUGCGGCGCGCGGUGGGCGGGGGCUCGCAGCGCGGCACGCCCACCCGCAGCAGGACCCCGCAGCCUACGCUCUCGGUACGCGGCGUCGACCCCAAGCUGGUCCAGCUUAUAUUGGACGAGAUCGUCGAGGGCGGGCCCAAGGUGCACUGGGACGAUAUUGCGGGACAGGAGUCAGCAAAACAAGCGUUACAGGAGAUGGUGGUGCUUCCCUCUCUAAGGCCAGAACUGUUCACCGGCCUGAGGUCACCAGCUCGGGGUCUCCUACUGUUUGGACCACCAGGAAAUGGCAAGACGCUGCUGGCGCGGUGCGCGGCGGCGGAGUGUUCGGCGACGUUCUUCUCGAUAUCGGCGGCGACGCUCACCAGCAAGUACGUCGGCGACGGGGAGAAGAUGGUGCGAGCGCUGUUUCAAGUCGCUAGAGAAUUACAGCCGUCGAUAAUAUUCGUGGACGAGGUGGACUCGCUGCUGUGUGAGCGGUCGAGCAGCGAGCACGAGGCGUCGCGGCGGCUGAAGACGGAGUUCCUUGUGGAGUUCGACGGGCUGCCCGCCGCCGGUGCCGACCGCCUGCUCGUCAUGGCCGCCACCAACCGCCCGCACGAGCUCGACGAAGCCGCGCUCAGGCGGUUCCCGAAGCGCGUGUACGUGGCGCUACCGGACGAGCGUACGCGGGCGGCGCUGCUGCGGCGCGUGCUGGCGCGCGGGGCGGCAGCGUGCGCGCUCGCCGACGAUGAGCUGGCCCGCCUCGCCGCACUCACCGACGGCUACUCCGGCAGCGACCUCACCGCGCUGUGUCGAGACGCCGCGCUAGGACCGAUACGGGAACUAGAUCCGGAGGAGGUGAAAUGUUUGGACUUAUCGUUGGUGCGGAGUAUCACGUUCCAAGAUUUCAUAGAGGCGUUGAAACGGAUCCGACCGUCCGUGUCGCCGCACAGUCUCGUCGCGUACGAGAAGUGGUCGGUGCAGUACGGCGAACUAGGAGUUUGAGUAUUAAGUAUACAGGUGUUGGUUUUGGUAAAAUAUUACAAUACGGACGGUGAGUCAUAAUGGUUAAGAAAUUUGGGAUGGAGCGAGGCGGACGUGACUUUUUGAACUCAUAUAUUGUUGUAACGCUCAAAUCUAAACCUAUCUUAAAUGUACUAUUUCUUGACAUGUUUUCGACGAGCUCUCGUUCUCACUCUUAUGAUAUCUUAUGAGGAGCGAGUGAACCAACUGAAGUAAUCUAUUGGGACUUAAAAUCUUAACUUCAUAAAUUUUAAAGUAUUUUCCUAUGUAAUAUAAGAUUUCGAUGUAUAAGCGAAUUAUAACCGUUCUAGUCAAAGUAAUCAGGUUAACUUUAGCCGAGUAUUCGCCGCGUACCAGUAACUGGUUGAUCUCCUGCCCUUGGCCCCGUUCGGCGAGGGUUCAGCUUUCGAUGUUUACACCUAAGGCGCUUGCACAUCGCUUCUCGAAACGUGUGACGUUUUCGACCCGUCCAAGAUGAAUCCGUUUGAAUAUCAUCCUUAUGAUUAUAGUAUUACGAUUCGAAAUCCGAUGGCCUUUCGAAUUUGUUAAAAAUAAGUAACGAUUCGAACUUAUUGACAAUUAUUUGACGGCCAUUUCCUCGAAACUUUACCAAGAAAAAGAAUCAAACAAUUCCACGAUUUCUGCUCGAUGAUUUUAAUAUAUUAUCGAAACGAGCUAAAACACUUAUCCCGAAUACAAAAUAUUUGUUGUACAAAAUGUGUUUGAACUUUUUAUACGUAGUUAGUGUAUGUUUUAAUGGUAUGUAUGAAUAUAUUGCAGUUUUAGUAGUAGUUUAAUAAAAUUUAUUGUUUUUACUUUGUAAUUUUAUGCAU